CUUGCUACUUACAAAUGCCCAGCUCUCGUAUAUCACCGCCAGACUCAGCUUGUUGAUUGUGACAGUUUUACUUGCGAUGCAAUAUAGUCCCUUUCACGUAAGCGUUGAUUGUCAGAGCAUUAAUUCCAUCAUCAUGCUUGUGACAAACGUUGCCAUCGGUUGCUCUGCGACAAAUCUGAUGAUCAGAACGUGGAUUAUCUGGAACACCAGUUACCUGAUGCGCCUCUUCCUAGUCCUCACAUCACUAGGUUAUUGGACAAUUCUCACUCUCUUCGUCGUAACUACUCGUGCAUCUACCACAAACGGGUUGUGCAUGAUCCAUUUUACCAACCCUGCAUAUGCUACUGCGGUGGUCAUAUAUACCAUGUUGUAUGAUUUGGCACUUGUGGUCUUUACCGUUAUUGGACUUCUCAAGGUGUCAUCGUCUUCCACGCUAUGGAAGAGGCUCGUGAAACAGGGGGUGAUAUACUUCUUCCUCAAUGUGUUAGUAAACAUGAUCCUACUGAUCCUGAAUCGUUUGAACUUGAGUCCUAUUAUGAAUGCUAUGUUCUCAAUGCCUGCGGUAUGCGUCUGCACGAUUGCAUCUAGCCAAGUGGUCCUCUCGCUCCUCCGUCCUUCGCUUGAUAGUGAAAGUGACAACUCCUCGUCGGCUAAAAUGCCUCCGCUGACGACUAACUUCACCGUUUCGGGGUUCCAGUCCAUGGCUGAAGCCUAAGAGAG